GUGAAUCCAGAUCUGCUCACCGAAUACCAGGACGAGUUUGAAGGCGAAGGCCACGAAGGGGAGGCUUUCUACCACGAUCUUUUUCAUGUGAUCGAUGCCCUGCCACUCCAUGACAUGUUCCAUCUGCUGGACAGCACCUUUGGACUUGGCCUUCCGAUCCUGUGGAAGCUGCAGGAUCGCUUGAAAGGGGUUCUUGUGAUUAACCCAAGCUGGAUCUGGGGCUCUGCCUCCGUUCCCGAUGCACACCUUGUGAAACGAGCGAAGCAGCUGUCAGAGCUGGCGAG